AUGUCCGGCCUGGCUAUAGCCGAUGUGCCCUGGAUCUCGAAACGCGUCAAGGCAUGCUGUCGAAGGGCGAAGCUGUUCAGCACCGACGAGAUUCUACUCUGCCAGCCGCAGCAGCUCCAGCAUGCGCUUCGGAUCUCUCAAGCAGACGUAGACUUGCUCUUGCUUCAAGUGGCCACCGCAACAGCGCCGUCUCCUGUGUCGGUGCUAGAUGCACUCAACGGCAAGCUGCCUGUCAAAACCAUUGACGACCACACUCUGUUUGACGGAACCACUGAUGUCAACGAUACCGAUUCAGCAGACGGAUCCGACUCGAGCAGCGAUGCAAGCGACCGCGAACAGGUUGGUGAUGUCAGGAUCCCAUCUUCGUCGAUAGUGCCCCCCACGCAAGGGUACGAUGGCAACUUUCCCGGUGUACAGCGCUUUGUCUACGACUCGGAUUCCGACUCCAACAGCGACGCAGACUCUCAAACUGACGUCAUGAUGCACGACGACGUCGAGCCGCCUUCCACCUUCCGUCGGACGCAAGUUGCACACCUCGACGGCGAUGAGGUACAACAGCAGCAGGAGUGUCAUAGUGCUUUGGACCACGACGCCGUUCGGCCCGCUAUUGCUAGAGAUGUGCUCUCUCUUGGUCGCGAGCGUCAUACCCUUUCGAGCGGCUCUUCAGAGCUCGACGACUUGCUCGGCGGUGGCUUUCGCUCCGCAGUGCUUACCGAACUCGUGGGAGAGAGUGGAUCUGGCAAGACACAGCUGGCCAUCCAAGCCUGCACAUAUGCCGCCCUUGGGUUUGUCCCUCUGCCACCGGCGGACGAGCAGCACGACGAUGCUGUACUGACAGCCGUCGCGGAUGGGAAUUCCAUAGAAGCAGCUACGCUCAGAGACAUCUUGCAGGACUACGGCAUGACGACAAGGAGCGACGACUUGCCAAAUGAACUUGGCGCGUGCUACAUCACAUCCGGUGGCGAAAGAGGCGCUCACUCGAUCGUCAACAGAGCCCUCAAACUGACGAGCUCUGCGAUUAACGAGCGCUUCAACCGCGUCCAUCCUCCUUCUGUAGAACACAUGCAAAGUUCCCAAGUCCGCCUCGACCGCCACGUGCUGCUAGCACGAGCUCACGAGCUGGGACGUGCACAGUUGCUCUGUAAUCUGCACGUCGCUUGCGUAGCCGAUGUGGAAGCGCUUGAGCAUGCGCUCAAGUACAGUCUGCCCGGGUUGAUGGUGCGUCUGUCGUCCAAGCACGCACAGGAUGCUGCAUCGACAGCGUCGCCAGAGGUAGGUGUUGUAUUGGUGGACAACCUCCCCUCGCUGUUUCAGGAGGACCCGGUAGCAGGUGACAUCGACUCGCUCGUACAGCGAUCCAAGAUGCUUGUCGAGAUUGCGGAUGCGCUCAAGCGGCUUGCUGUGAGCGGGAGCUGCGUUGGGAGAGCAGUGUUGGUGCUCAACCACGUCAGCGAUGCGUUUGGGAUCGACAAGGACAUUGCACGCCGGUUUGUGUUUGACUCUGCGGACCGCAUCCGGAUCGCUCGUGCGCAGCGAGGAGGAGGAGGGGGAGGUCAGCAGGAAGCGGGGGCAACCGCAUCAGCGCUGCCUGACUACGCGGCUGCGAUGGAGUAUGCGAGUCAGUCGGCGUUUGUCAGUGGGUUGCUCGCUUCAGUGCCGCCGACGUUGGCCGAGGCGAUCGGCGCAAGUGCAGUCCAGGAGAGUAGAGCGGGUGACGAUGGGCCGCUGUACGCACUACACCCACGCACUGCUCAGCUGGGGCAUACAUGGAGCAAUCUGGUCAACGUUCGACUGUUCUUGUCCAAGACGAAGGGAAGGGUGAGUAUGCCCGAUCCGCCACUGCCACCGCCCGCAAGAGAGGGCGAUGCGGGUGCCGGCGCGUCCCAGAGCGGCGAGGUGAGGAUGACGACGGUGCGCAAAGCAGCCGUAGUCAUGAAUCCUUUCGGUCCGACCAUGCUCGACACCUCUGCUAGCAGCAGUAGUAGAUGCGUGCGACAGCUGCGUUUCGUCGUUACGCCGACUCGAGCGUUUCACGUGCUGCGAGCAUAUGGUUCUGUGGCGCACACCUCGGCGGCUACGAGUAUAGCGAGCGUGUCAGAGGUGCGCGGUACUCAGCGAAUAGCACGAACGGGAGGGGAACAGGACGAGGACAGGGAGGAGGACGAGGAAGACCUGUUCGGCGAAGCAUUGCAGGACCAGGACUGGCUGGCCAUCGAUCAAUUUGUGCAGUCUCAACAUGCGUCAACGCCGUCGUCAUAA